GAGAAUGGAUACCAGUGGUGGGAAAGUGCUGGAGUCUGCCGAUGACAUCCAGGAGCGUCGGCAGCAGGUGUUGGACCGCUACCGGCGCUUCAAGGAGCUGUCGGGUGUGCGCCGGCAGAAGCUGGAGGACUCCUACCGUUUCCAGUUCUUCCGCCGCGAUGCCGAUGAGCUGGAGAAGUGGAUCCAGGAGAAGCUGCAGAUCGCCUCCGAUGAGAACUACAAGGACCCCACCAACCUCCAGGGCAAGCUCCAGAAACACCAGGCCUUCGAGGCGGAGGUGCAGGCCAACGCUGGGGCCAUCAUCAAGCUUGACGAGACUGGCAACCUCAUGAUCUCCGAGGGUCACUUUGCCUCUGAAACCAUCCGCACUCGUCUGGAGGAGCUGCACCGUCUUUGGGACCUGCUGCUGCAGAAGACCAAGGAGAAAGGUGUUCGUCUGCUGCAGGCCCAGAAGCUGGUGCAGUACCUGCGCGAGUGUGAGGAUGCCCUGGACUGGAUCAGUGACAAGGAGGCCAUGGCCACCUCGGAGGAGCUGGGCCAGGACCUGGAGCACGUAGAGGUGCUCCAGAAGAAGUUUGAGGAGUUCCAGACGGACCUGGCAGCCCACGAGGAGCGUGUGAACGAGGUGAACCAGCUGGCGGGCAAGUUGAGCCAGGAGUCCCACCCCGAGGCGGAGCUCAUCGUUCGCAAGCAGGAGGAGGUGAACGCCGCCUGGCAGAGGCUCAAGGGCCUGGCGCAGCAGAGGCAGGGCAGGCUGUUCGGAGCCGCCGAGGUGCAGAGAUUUAACAGGGAUGUGGACGAGACCAUUAGCUGGAUCAAGGAGAAGGAGCAGCUCAUGGCAUCCGAUGACUUUGGCCGGGACCUGGCCAGCGUUCAGGCUCUGCUGCGCAAGCAUGAGGGCCUGGAGAGAGACCUGGCUGCCCUCGAGGACAAGGUCAACACUCUGGGCGGAGAGGCUGAACGUCUGCAGCAGACACACCCCCAGAACGCCUCCCAGAUCCACCUGAAGAGGGAUGAGCUCAUCACCAACUGGGAGCAGAUCCGCACGCUGGCCGCCGAGCGCCACGCCCGCCUCAACGACUCCUACAGGCUGCAGCGCUACACUUCAGACUUCCGUGACCUGACCAGCUGGGUGACGGAGAUGAAGGCCCUGAUCAAUGCUGAUGAGCUGGCCAACGACGUGGCUGGAGCUGAGGCUCUCCUCGACCGCCACCAGGAACACAAGGGUGAGAUUGACGCCCAUGAGGACAGCUUCAAAGCCACGGACGAGGCCGGCCAGGCUCUGCUCAACACUGGACACUACGCCUCAGAGGAGGUCAAGGAGAAGCUGGGUGUACUGACUGAGGAGAAGGAGUCUCUGCUGGAGCUGUGGGAGGUGCGCAGGCAGCAGUACGAGCAGUGCAUGGACCUGCAACUCUUCUACAGGGACACGGAGCAGGUCGACAACUGGAUGAGCAAGCAAGAGGCGUUCCUUCUGAACGAGGAUCUUGGUGACUCUCUGGACAGCGUGGAGGCCCUGCUGAAGAAACACGAGGACUUUGAGAAGUCCCUCAGCGCCCAGGAGGAGAAGAUCACUGCCCUGGAUGAAUUUGCCACCAAACUGAUCCAGAACAACCACUACGCCAAGGAGGAUGUGGCCACUCGUAGAGAUGCUCUGCUGAGCCGCCGUAACGCCCUGCAUGAGCGUGCCCAGUCCCGCCGCGCCGCCCUGGAGGACUCCUUCCACUUGCAGCAGUUCUCCCGCGACUCGGACGAGCUCAAGAGCUGGAUCAAUGAGAAGAUGAAGACGGCCACCGACGAAGCCUACAAGGAUCCGUCCAACUUGCAGGGCAAGGUCCAGAAGCACCAGGCCUUCGAGGCGGAGCUGUCAGCCAACCAGAGCCGCAUCGACGCGCUGCAGAAGUCUGGACAGGAGCUCCUGGACGGAAAGCACUACGCCACGGACGAAGUGUCGGUCCGCAUGGACGAGGUCAGCUCCCAGUGGAAGAAGCUGCUGGAGGCCACUGAGCUCAAAGGCAUCAAGCUGCGUGAGGCUAACCAGCAGCAGCAGUUCAACAGGAAUGUGGAGGACAUUGAGCUGUGGCUUUACGAGGUGGAGGGCCACCUGGCCUCCGAUGACUACGGCAAGGACCUGACCAGCGUCCAGAACCUGCAGAAGAAACAUGCCCUGCUGGAGGCCGAUGUGGCCGCACACCAGGACCGCAUUGACGGCAUCACCAUCCAGGCGCGUCAGUUCCAGGAGGCGGGCCACUUUGACGCUGACAACAUCAAGCGCAAGCAGGAGGCCCUGAUGGCGCGCUACGACGCCCUUCGCGACCCUAUGGCUGCUCGCAAGCAGAAGCUAUCAGACUCGCUGCGGCUGCAGCAGCUCUUCAGAGAUGUGGAGGACGAGGAGACCUGGAUCCGGGAGAAGGAGCCCAUCGCCGCCUCCACCAACCGGGGCAAAGACUUGAUUGGCGUUCAGAACUUGCUGAAGAAGCACCAGGCCCUGCAAGCGGAGAUCGCCGGCCACGAACCCCGCAUCAAGGCUGUCACCCAAAAGGGAGAGGCCAUGGUGGAGGAAG